AUCAGCGCCACCACCACCAGCCAGCGAUCCAGCAGAAAUAAGCUUGAAGAGUUGAUUGUGAUGCCGUUUCUCAUUGAAUGAAAAUUCGAAAUUUGAUGCCUUUAUACUGUAAAAAGUGUCCAUUUUCAUUUAAAAAAUUGUUAAAAGUAGGAUUUUUUGCCGCAUAACCCGCUGAGAUGCUCACCAACUAAGAUACAAUUGCUUUAUUUAUUCUGGUUUCACUGUAGUUUAGUACCGACAAAGAAAAUGGAUUCCCAGCCAAAUAUAUUCGAGCCGGCGGUGACCCCCGAAGAAUGGCAAAAAGUGCCCUCCGAGAUUGGCCAGAAACUGGUCAACUUCGUCAAUGAAAAAUUCGAAGAAUUUAUCACCUCCAAGGCUUUGUUGGAGACCAAAAGCUUUAACUCUGAACAACUUUUAACCGAAGUAAAAGCCCAAGUCGAAACCGUAAAAGGCGAAAAUGAAAAUCUCAAAGCACGCCUCGCUGCUGCUUCCGUAUCCAUCAACGAACUCGAAUCCCAAAUAACCACCAUGUCCGCGGAACUCACCCGUCUGCACACCUACUCCAACAAACUGGAGGCCGAUACGGCCGAUUUCCGACACCAGCGCAAUUUGGCAGUGGAUGAGAGGGACGAGUGCUUCAAAAUGAUGGAACGCAGAAAAUCGGAACUGGAACGCAUGCAAAUGGACCUCGACACAUUGACGAAACAGCUGGAGGAUGCCACUAGGACCAAGUGCGAGGCCUUAGCUGAGGCCGAAGAGGUAAAGUCAAUGAAGGUUUCGUUGGAGUAUCGCGAGAAACGACUGGAACAAGAUCGAGAGCUCAUGCAAACUAAAAUGGAUAGUCUGGAAAAUGAUGUGAGAGAACGGACUGAAGAAAUCUUGAACAUGCGCCGAGAUAGCAACUCCCGUUGCGUCCAAUUGGAAACGAAGUUGUCUGACAAAACUCAAGAGUUGGCAGUUGCUGUGGAUCAGUGCAACUCACUGCUGGAACUGAACCAGGCAUUGACUACGCGUAACGAAGAGUUGGCUCAGAAAUUGUUAGAUCUGAACGAGACACAUUCCAAAACGAAUGAAUCUUACGUGUGUGAGAUUGAGGCGAAGACCAAGAUGGCAAAUGUGUAUCGGGCUAUGAGUGAGCAGAGUCAAAAACAUGCCGAGGAGUUACAGAAGGCGUUGACAGAGGUUCAAGAACUACUAAACCUUAACACAGAAAAAUACGGUGAACUGGAAACAAAAUUGAAAGAGAGUGAACUAUCCUGUGAAGAAAUAGUGGCCAAGAAAAACGACUACAUUGCAAUGUUGACCAAGGAACUGGAAACUGCUAACGAAGUUAUUGAAGAAUGCAAAAACGAGUCGCUUUCUAGAAACAUUGAAGGUAUUUCCAACAUGGCAGCUAACAUAUCUCGAGGACUAACAAAUGAUUCAUCAGGUCGUACCAUGUCCUAUACCACCCUUUAUUCUCAAUAUGUCCAGGCCAAAGAACAAUUAGCGACCAAAGACGAAGAGUGCGCGCGUCUCAACAACUACAUCGCUUGCAUCGUUCAGGAGGUGGAAGAGAAAGGUCCUCUCAUCAAACAGUUGCGCAGCGAGUACAGUGAAUGUUUGGACAUGCAGGAGGCUUUGAAAACCGAAAACGAGGCUCUAACGUCCGAACUGGAGCAAUUGCGCGAAGAGCGAGCGGAAAACCACCGCAUGGAGAGUAAAGUUGCUCGUGAAAAUCAGCGAAUGAAAAAGGAAGUUGCCGAUUUGUCGCGGCAAGUUGUUCAUUUGUUGCAGGAAGUUGAACACUCAAGAAUCGGCUCCUCCUCAGUGUCAUCUGACAACGACAUGAGCGACAGUGUUUGUUCUGCCGAUAUUAUUUCCAAGCGUUUGGUCACAUUUAAUGACAUUGCUGAACUACAGGCGACCAAUCAGAAGUUACUGGCGCUGGUGCGAGAGUUGACGGAACGUCAGGAGGAAGUGGAGUCAUACGAUCCGGCGGCCGUAGCCAAGUUGCAGCAGAAGCUGAAGGAAUUGCAGGAGUCGCAGAUGGAGCUGUUGCAAGAACGAGAGCAGCAGGCUAAAAUGAUGACGACUUUAAGGAACCAGCGAGAUAUGUUCAAAAAAUCGUUUGGACAUGAUAUGAUAGGUGCCGGUGGUGAUCUCAGCGAGAGAAGCUUCCCUAAUAUGCGUCACCAAGACGACUCUAACACAAAGUCCCAAUCUGAUUCCAAGUCUGAUGAAGAAGUGCACGAGUUGAGGCAGCAAAUCGAAAAAUACAAAAAACAACUGGACCAAGCGAAAGAGGAGUACGAUCAGUACCGGAAAGAACGCCUCGAACAUGAGAAAAUUAUUCUCGAACAGAUCGAAACGAUAAGAAAUGAGUCCAAAGAGCUGCAAAAAGCCAACGGAAAACUCGCCUCGCAAUCAGAGUACAAUGAGGAAAGAUUCAAAGUAUUCCAGAAUAAUACGGAAGUUUAUAAAAAACAAAUUCAAGCUCUAGAAAAACAAAACAAAAUUUAUAGCGAAGCGCUGAUUAAACACGAACAAUCGGCCAGUUAUUUGAAAGAAGACGCGCUCAAGAAUCAAACCAGAGCCAGCGUAGCUGAGGUGCAGUUGGCAAACAUCACAAAAGAGAACGCUCUGCUUCGGGACGCCGAAAAACGCCUGACUAGAGAAAGUGAAAUGCUACGCAGACACACACAGCAACAAAACUUAAUCACAAGCAACAUUGAACUGAUCAAAGCCACUCUAGAACGAAACGAAGCUGAGAGUAAGCUGCGCUUGGAAUCAAAACUAGACGAAGCACAUUUAGAAUGUUCCGCUUUACGUAGAAGAUUAGAAGAGGAGCAAAAUCACUUUAGGGAAUUGACGCAGCAUUUGGAGAAAGCCACUAAGCAUGCCCAGGAGCGUAUGGAAGAAAACAAAAUUGAAGCGGACAAACUUCGCCAAGAAUUGACCGAGACUAGACAGGAAUUGUCCAAUAAAACUGCACACAUUGAAAACUUGUCGAAACAACUCAAAAGUUCAGUAUUCCAAAUCCAGGAUGUCAGCGUUGAAAGCCGCAAGCUACGAGAAAUUGAGCAACAACUCGCUGACAGCCAAGCAGAGGUAAAUUCGCUGAAACUCAAACUGAAAUCCACAAAAGAAGCGUCCGAGAAUUACUUCAACAUUGCUCAAAAUGCUGAGAAGCAACUCAAAGACUUAUCACUCGAAAACGAAAAAUAUGUUCAGACAAUAUCUGAAAAAGAACAACAAGUGCAACGUUUGACAGAUAAACUAGGUGAAUUACAAGCGGAAUUGAGCAUACAAAUGGAUGACCAAGACAUAAACAGUGCCGACAUAAAGAACCAAAAACAACAGUUGCAAGAAGAACUUCAUGGCCAAUCAUUAACUUUAAAACAAACCAGAGAACAAUUGGAACUGGCCAAAAGUGAUCUGAAGCUUCUCAGUGAGCAAUUGAAAGCCUCCGAACACAAAUAUGCCCGAGAGGUGGCGCUACACUCGAGCGAUUUGCAAUUGUUGCAAAAUUUAAAACAGGAAUUGCAGGCGGCCAAAGAUUCAUACAAAGUUAUGGAUCAGCAAAGGAAAGAGGCUGUGGACAAUUUGCAGGAAUAUUUAUUGAGCAAAGAGGAGCAAACGGCUAUAUUGAACUCUGAAAAGGAAAAAUUGGAGGUUAGGUUUAAGAGCAUGGACGAACAAAACACUCUACUGCUCGAUCAAAUCGAGGCAUUAAACAGGCAAUUGACCAUCAUCCAAGGACAAGCUGAUCAUAAUUCGUCCGCCAAUUCGUCAUUGAUUGAAGAUUCGGCCGACAGCAACCAAUUAUUAACAAUCCUAAAGUAUUUACGACAGGAAAAAGACUUGGCUGUAAGUAAAGCGGAUGUGAUUGAAGCCGAACAUUUCCGCUUGAAAUCCCAGUUUGAAGCUGUCCAAAAACAGCUACAAGAAGCUAAAAGCCUAUAUGAAGCUGAACGUCAAAAGAGUGAGAUUAAAAACGUUACUGCUGCCAAGCAUGCUGAAGUUUUACGGCAGAUGGAGACAUUUAAUGCUGUUGCUGACAGCAAUCGUUCUUUGAGGCAGGAACGAGAUGCUUUGGCUGACGACAUUCGAAAAUUACAGGCCAGAGCUGAACAAUUGGAAGUCAGUAUUGCGCCCUUACAAGAAAAUAAUCGCGAUUUAAUGCAAAAAGCUGAUCAAAUGCAAACCGAGAAUAUUUCGUUGAGAGCCGAAUGUACCAGAUGGCGUCAAAGGGCGAAUCUGCUUAUAGAAAAAACUAACCGGACCAGUCCUGAGGAUUGGAAGAAACUCCAAACUGAACGUGAAACUUUGGCCAAACAAUUGACAAUUGAGCGAGGAAAUAAUGCGAAACUAACUGAGGAUAAUGCAACAUUAAAAGCUAGGUUGGACAAAAUGGAACAGGAAGUUAAAUCAUUGAAAAUGCAGAAUCACGGGCUCGUAGAGGAAGUUUCUAGGCUUAAGGAGCAAGUGGCAUUGUUGGGAAGCAAUUUGAAACAAGUUCAAGAAAAUCGCGAUGAGGUUAAUAAAACAAACGCUAAGUUAACUGAGGACAAUCGAUUAUUUUCAGAGGAGCUGGCCGUGAAGGAGACUUCUGUAACAGAACUGAAAAACAAUUUAGCCCAAGUUAAGAAAAUCGCCAAAAAGUACAAGACUCAGUACGAAGAGCAAGUGAAAGAAAUUGAGAUUAUGAAGGAGCAACAAAGUGAGCAGAUGUCAACUAUGGAGAAACAGCUGGAAUUGGAAAAAGUAGGGUUGGAGGAUCGACUCAGUCAGCUCGAAAUUUCUCAUAAAGAGGCGCUGGAACAGUUAAAACUUGAUAAAGAGCAACAAGAGCAAAAUUUCACAAAAGAAAUGGAAGCUCUAAAACAAUCGAGCCAAGAGAAAGAGGAUAAAUUUAAAUCACUAUUCAAAAGCGCCAAAGAGCGCAUAGUGACUCUGACCGAACAAAAUACUGCUUUGUUAGAAGAAGUAGAUAAGCAAGUAAAGGAUAGCGCCAUGACUAGCACGAGUAGUAGCAACUCUGUCGGAGUUAGUGUUAAUACCGAUGGAAAUAAAGAUAAUGACCUAAUGGAGAAAAUCCAGCAACUGGAGCAAGAAAAGGAGGCGCUGCAAGAAAAGUUGCAGCAAGAAAAACUUGCGCGAGCGCAAGAAUUGGAGGCGUUGAAAUUGAAACCGAACAGCUGCAGUUCGGCCAUGAUGUCGAGCGACAAGUCUUCCAUGGAGAGGCCUACUGCUGAUAUCAAGCCUAUUCCUGGUCAUUCUACUAACACUCAAACUCAAUCGGUGCCGAUUCAACCGUGGCGCAACGUCGGAGAACCACCUUUAGCCAGCAUCAGGCCAAUGUCACAACAGUUGAGAACGGCUGCCGUUUUGCCCACCACUCAAACGCCUAGUGCUGCCGUUAUGGUUCCACCCCAACAGCAAGUACAUACCACGGGUUCGUCAUCGAUUGAAGCCCUGAGCAGCAGCAGCCCGACAUCCUCGCACACCGACUACGUCCCAGCCACUAGCUCGGCCAGUUCACCGAUGUUGAAUCCUAGACAAGUUGCCGUGCCACCCACCCAGUCUUCGGAAGACGACGAUAGCAAUAUGCAGGUCCAGGCCGCUCCAACACAGCAACAAGCUCUGGCUGUGGUGUCGCCUAGAGUAGAACCGCCCAGCAGUGGAAGCGGUGGCGCCACACAGGAGCAGGGUACCAGUUCCAGUAGCUCGAACACUGUGACCACGACGCAGGCGGGUCUGAAGCGUCAGAGGGACUCGGACACGGAUAGUUGUCAAGCUGAAGAGAAAAAUGCGAUCAAGCAACAGAGUAAACGGACUCGAUUACAGCAGGCGAGUGACAGUGGAUUGGAAGUGGAAUACCAAGUGCCGACUAGUAGCCAGCGUGAUCAAGAUGACGAUAAUGUUAUUGUACUGGAAAGUGACGACGAGGCUAUUCCUGACGAAGGCGAGUGCGACGAUCAGGACGAGCCCGACGAAGCUGAGGUAUACGAUGAUAUGGAGGAAGGCAUGGAACCAGACAACUAUGACGACGACGACUGUCAAGAUGUCGAAGAUGAAGAGGAGGCCGACAAUGAAGUGGAAGUAAUAUCAGAUUCCAGUGAAGUACCCAAUCAAAGCCACGGUGAGACUGAGGAAGCUCGGGAAGCUGCUGAAAAUAGUAUGGAUGAGGAACAGGCUCAGUCUGAAGCGAUCAGCAGCGGAACUGAUGCAGCCGCAGCAGGCCCUUCCAGUUCAUUCUCACCAGCGGUAGCAGCAUCUCCUCCAUUUUCUCGCUCCCGUCUCGUCCCACCGCUACACCGCCACCAGAAUCUUCUGGACGAAUCUGCCCUUGACGACGGUAUAGUACCCUCCACCCCCACCCUAUUCGCUCCACGUCGUUCCGACGGUUUUGGCGAGGCUGUCAGUUCACCCCACGUACCGUCUAGUGCCACGGGACGGUUCACUUUCAACGAAUCGCAACUGGUACAGCCGUCACGUGGUGGUGGGGAUUAUAGUAUCUCGGAAGUUCCCCAAGUGGAUAACGUGGAUAAUAGUACCGGAAGGAGUGUGCCCACAACGCCUUUGCAAUCGUCGCCACAGGAAAGUAUACCCAAUCUAAUUGACGAACAUGGAGCUGAUGGACAGGCGCAGAGUGAUGCAGAAAUUCCCCAAAUAUCGAUCAGCACUGAAGAAGAAGAAGGCAGGGGCGAAGGUAGUUCGGCCGAAGUUAUGAUGGGUCCACCAAGCCAAGCCGGCACAUCUUCUGAAGAAAACCGCCAGGAAAAUGAAGUCGAGGUCGAGGAUGCCGUGAGCUCCGAAGGCGAAAAACAGCCUCAGGCCGAAGAAGGCGAAGAAGAAGGUCGUGAAGCGGAAGCUUCUCCGAGUCCUACUGAGGUUAGGAGAAGUUCGAGGGCAGCUCCGUCAGCGAGACGCUCUGCGAGGCUGUAUCCCGGUAGCAGAGGACCGUCAAGAAUGGGGCCCACACCUAUCGUAUGGGGCGAUCAAAGGCAUCCGCAUUACAGGAAUCAGCAGCAGCAACAACAACAGCAACACGAACGCAAUAGAAGCCCAAACUAUGGAAGCGGCGGUAACGUUGGUCGUUCCAUGACACGAAGACCUCGCACCAGAAUGCAAAGACCUCCGUUUGGCGGCCGGUUUUAAAACCCUCCGCUGCUUGUUUAUUCAUUCCGCAACAAGAAUUCAUUUUUUUUUAUACUUAUGUCAUGAAUCAAUUUUAGAAUGGGCGGGUAUUAUAAAACUAUUUUGAACAGAUAACUGAGUUACCUUCUGGAAAUGCUAUGAAAAGUAAUGUCAUUCGAGAAUUUAACUUUUAGUUAUUAUUAUGUCGAAAUAUUUUUAUAAUGCCUGCCCUUAGGAGUAGAUAAUUUAGGGAAAUAUAUAAAUAUUAUUUUUGACGGAUUUCAAGUUAUCGACUGUAUAUUUCAUUUUGUGUAAAAUUCACUUUUAGCUUGAGUCAACUUUUUUGUGAAAGGAUAUAAGGGAGUAUGAAAACAUCUUAAUAAUCUAAAUGUAUGUUAUCAGGCAUAUUAUUCAAGUUGAAUAUUAUAAUGUAUUAAAGUGAUUUCCAUUUUAUUUGGCUUCUGCUUGCUGUUUUAUUUGAACUUAUCAUAUUCCAGGU